AUGAGUAUCAGCGACAUCAUCAGCCCUUCUGAUAUUGCUGCUGCAAUCAGAGACUGUCAAGCUCCAGAUAGUUUCAACUACAAAAAAUUCUUUCAGAUAAGUGGCAUGUCCAAAAAGAGCAGCAGCCAACUGAAGGAUCUCUUCCGCAUCCUAGACAAUGAUCAAAGUGGCUACAUUGAAGAAGAUGAACUCAAGUUUUUCCUCCAGAGGUUUGAUAGUGGAGCCCGAGUGUUAACAGCUACAGAAACCAAAACCCUUUUGGCAGCGGGAGACCACGAUGGAGAUGGGAAGAUCGGGGCUGAAGAAUUCCAGGAAAUGGUGCUCUCCUAA